AUGGCAAAGACUCAGGCUUACUUUGUGCAGUUUUGGACUCAGGUUCUUCAGUAUUUCAUAGGGCUCUAUCACCGCCUCCAGAAAUGCUGGAGUGUCGUUAAGGGCUUCUGCACUAACAAGGAGGAGGAAUACAUCCCUCCAGCUGAGAGUAUUUUUCAUAAAGAAAAAAUUCUGAUGCUUGGCAAUAUUUUGACAGAUAAUUCUCUAGCCCUUGAACAGAGAGCUCAAGCUGCCUAUAGAAUCGGACUGUUGGCCUUUACAGGAGGACCCACUGCUGGAAAUUUUGCAGCUGAGUACAUGAAAGAAGUAGCUCACUUGUUGCAAAAUUACGAGAUGGUACCAAAAAUAAAGAUCCUGCUGCUCCAGAGUGUCGCAUCUUGGUGUUACUUAAACCCUGUCAACCAGAGAAGAGCCAAACAUUUGCAGUUUAUUCCUAUCCUCAUUAAUCUUUUUGAUGACACAUCUGAGUCUCCUAUGAAAAGUGAAACAAACAGCAGCCUCCUGGUUAAAUUUUGGGGUUGCUAUGUUCUCUCUGUCAUGACAUGCAAUAACUUGCCUUGUAUGCAGGAGCUUAAACACUACAGUUCUCUGAAAUAUCACUUGCAAAUACUGGCCAGUGAGAACUGGUCUGGAUGGCCCGAGAAUUUUGCAGAGGUGCUAUAUUUCCUCAUUGGUUUUCACAGGCGUUAA